AUGGAAUAUUAGAGCUUGGAGAGGAGUGUGAUAACUGGAGAGCCGAAUCUACUCAAAAUCAAGGGGAAAUAAUCGUAAUGCACUUUGUACUGCGGUUAGCAAAGCCUUGCUUGUGAUGACGGAAACAAUCUUUCUGGAGAUGGAUGCAAUGAGCUUUGCGAGGUAGAAUAAGGGUAUUCUUGCAUUAAAAAUGGAAUUGAAAAAACGAUCUGUACAAGAAUAUACUCAUUCUCAGAAUAAUAAGCAAUGUCACCAAUUUGUGGAAACGGAAUAAUAGAAAGAGGAGAAGAGUGCGAUGAUUAGAAUCUUAAUUCUAAUGAUGGCUGUGACAAUCUUUGCUAUGUUGAAGAAGGCUUUUCAAUGACUAUUAACGAGAAAAAUGAAUAAAUAAUUCAGAAAUCUUGCCUUAAAAGUGGAAAGCUGUGCUUGGAUUUGAAUGAGAUUUCAGGAGAUGGCAUCUUUAGGUUAAGACUUCUGAAAAUUAGUUGCCCCAAAAAUUCAAAGAGUGCAUAAAAGACGGUAAUAUGGCUUUCCAAGAAGAAUGCGAUGAUGGAGACUUGA